UAUUGGCUUGGGGUGUGCGUGAUGCGGGUGUUGGGCUGUCAAUAUUCUGUACUGGCCAGGUUAAAGGUCUUUCCCCUGCCAAGACCUGGGUUCUGGGGCCGUUACCACAGCAACAGCAGGUGACAUCCUCAUCCCCAGAGAGCAGGGCUCCUCCUGCUAUUGGGGACGUCAUAGGCUGUUGCCAUGGGGACCGCCUGACCCAGCUCUCAGGUCUUGGCAGGUAGGUGAGGGAGGAAACAGAUCUGUCAGUCGCUGUGGCUGGGGAGGGGGAGGGUAAGGGAAAAACAGCAGUUUGUGGUUUCUAUGGCAAUGCGUAGUUUUUGGUGAAGGGUUUUGUUCAGGGGUCCAUUUGAUUGAGCGCUGUUUUUUGCAGCGAGGGGUUGACGUGGUCGGGAGGGAUUUAAGGGCCCCAGAUUUCCAGCACAGCUGUGACAGGGAUGCCCCCGAUGCUGUCAGACUGUACUCGGCAUGUACACCUCAUGUCCUGAGAGUGUAUUCCUCGUGCCUGCCCCCAACGACGUCCGACUGUAUUCCUCAUACACACCCCAGUCACAUCAUUCUGUACCUGACACACACCCCCAAUUAUGUCUGACUGUACCUGAAUGUACACUCCUGUUACAUCACACUGUACCUGUGAGAGACAGACCGAUUACAUCAGACUGUACCUGACGUAUACAGAUGUGACAGCACACUGUACUUGACACAUACAACUCAGUUGUCAGAUUGUACCUGACCCAUGCACUCCAAUUACGUGAGAUUGUACCUGGCACCUACGCCCUAAUUACAUUACGUUAUAUCUAAUGCAUACACGCCAAUUACUUGUGAUGGUAUUGUGACACACACACACGGACCAGUUAAAGCAUGUUGUACUUCCAUUUCUAGCUCUUGCUAUUCUCACACACAUACAUCAAAUACAUCACGCCCUACCUGAUGUGCAUCCCAGAAACAUCAAACCGUAUGUAAAACUUACCCCCAGACCUAUCUUGUGUCAAAUGAAACACACAGCAACUUCAUCAGACCGCACCUCGGGACCUGUCCCCCGGUUACAUCAGAAUGUAGCAGUGAUACACCUUCCCCUAUCUCUAAGUACUUCUGACGGUCCCCGGGACAAACAUACACACCAUUUGCAUCAGACUGUAGGUGUGAUACACCUUCUCCCCAUCUUUGAUUGUUCCUGACUGUAUCAGGGGCACACACUCCCCACCCCCCCCAUUACAUCGGACUGUAGGUGUGAUACACCUCCUCCCCAUGUCUGAUUAGCUUCGACUGUAAACAGCCUGGUUACCUCAGAGUGUACCUUUUCUUCCACUUGUGAUUACCUCUGACUGUACCUAGAGAAACAACGCGCUCCCCCCCCCCAUAUUAAUCAGCACGUAGCUGUGAUAUACCUCCCCACCGUCUCUUGAUUAACUCCAACUGUAGCUUGGGGGGGGAGACACCCCCCACCAUUUAUAUCAGAGUGUAGCUGUGACACGUCACCCACCUCAACCCUGAUUAUAUCCGACUGUACCCACCCCCCCCUUUUGAAUUUUAAUCCCGACAGCCUGCGAUACAGCUCCCCACCGUCUCCAAUUAGCUCUGGCUGUAUCUGGGACACGCACACCAGUUACGUCACGGUGUAGCUGGGCUACCCCUCCCCCCCCCCCGCUCCGGUCUCGGAGCCUGUACCACUGACACGCACCCGCCUCUCCGGUUUCUAACACGUAUCCAGCUGCUCCGCCAGCCCGUGAUCCAUUUGCCUGGAUUCGUUGCAACCUGCGGGUGCCGCUGGCCGAUGACAGUGUGGCGGAAGGUUUUGUUUGGCUGCUGGGGAUUUUGUUGGAUCCUGUCCGGGGAGAGGCAGAGCGGAGGAGCCGUGGGGCAGGAAGCCGUAGUCGAUGAGGGCACCUCCCACAGCUCUGUGGCCGCGCCAUGGCUCCGGUCCUGGAGCUCUCGGACGCCGCUCACUCCCGCUGCCUGCUGGUGGAGCUGAAUGAGCAGCGGCUGCGGGGCCACUUCUGCGACGUCACCAUCAUCGCCGAAGACACCAAGUUCCCGGCCCACAGGAACGUGCUGGCGGCCUGCAGCCCGUACUUCAAGGCGGUGCUGUCAGAGGAGCUGGCCGGCCGCCAGCCGGCCCAGGUGCUGGAGCUGCCCGACAUCCAAGCCGGGGUCUUCUCUGACAUCCUCAACUUCAUCUACCGGUCCCGCCUCUCGGUGCCCAGCCCGGCCGCCGCCCGGCAGAUUGGAGCCGCCGGCCGCCGCCUGGGCAUCUCCUGGCUGGAGAACCUGGACCCCGCCGCUCAGGCCAAGGAGAUGAGCGAGCCCUGGAGCCCCGAGGCCGCCGGAGACACCUCGGCCUCCUCCCCGAGAUCCUGCGCCUCCCCCGUGGACCUGACCUGCCCGUCGCGGCCGGCCGCCAGCCCCGUCUGCCUCCAGGAGCCGGCCCGGCCACCCAGCCCGCAGCGGGAGGCGGAUAACGAAACCGAGACGGCAAAGAUCCUCUACGCCCUAAGCACGGCGCCUGCUGAGCCGGGCGCCCCGGACUGGGAGCAGGAGCGUGGCGCUGCAGAACCGCCUGCCGCCGGGGGCGAGCCAGCGCCGUCGUCUUCCUCGCCGGCAGGCAGCGCCUUCCGCUGCGGGCUCUGCAGCCGCUCCUUCGCCACGCCGGCCGCCCUGAGCCUCCACCUGAAACUGCACCGGAGCCGGCGCUCCCUCUCCUGCCGCCACUGCGGCAAGAGCUUCAUCCACGUCAAGCGGCUGCAGACGCAUGAGGUACUCUGCAAGGAGGCCGGCGAGGAAGAGGAGGCGGCGGCGGUGGGCGGCUCGGCGGUGGCGGGCGGCUCGGAGGCGGCGGCCCCAGCGGCGCCCCUUCCUCCCGCCGCACCGGCGCUGCCCAAACCGGCGUCUUCCAAGAAAGGCCUGCUCUUCCGCCACCGGGCCCUGCAGCGGCUGGAGUACAUCCCGGAGCAGGAUCACUUCGUCAAGGUGGUGGACGGGCAUGUCAUCUACUUCUGCACCGUCUGCGAGCGCUCCUACAUGACCCUCUCCAGCCUCAAGCGCCACUCCAACGUUCACUCCUGGCGGCGUAAGUACCCCUGCCGCUACUGCGACAAAGUCUUCGCCCUGGCUGAGUACCGGACGAAGCACGAGGUGUGGCACACCGGCGAGCGCCGCUACCAGUGCAUCUUCUGCUGGGAGACAUUCGUCACCUACUACAACCUGAAGACCCACCAGAAGGCCUUCCACGGAAUCAACCCGGGACUCAUCUCCUCCGAGAAGACGCCCAAUGGGGGCUACAAGCCGCGGCUCAACGCCCUCAAGCUCUACCGCCUCUUGCCCAUGCGCUCCCAGAAGCGACCCUACAAGACCUAUAGCCCAGGGCUGCUGCCGGAGGGCCUGCUGCUGCCCCCGCAGCCCCUCCCCGUGGCGCUGGGCGAGGGGGACCCCGCGGCCGGCCCUGGUGGGGAGGCGGGGCCCGGCUUCGCAUCUGCCAAUACUUUGGAGGCGCCGGAGGCCGAGCGGUUCCUCCUGCCGGCGCCGGCCGAGCGGCACGAGACGGGGCCGCCCCCGUUCCUGGCAGAGGAGGCGCGGCGGGCGCCGGCGGACGGUGAGGCCCCGUCGGUCAUCGCCUACGGCCACCCGGCCGCCUCGGUCAUCGUGCACAGCACCUCGGUGGGAGGCGGGGGCGGCCAGGCAUCCUCGGUCAUCACCUACAACAGCACGCCCGCCGCCCCCCGCCCCACCCCGGCUGAGCCCCUCAAAAAGCAAGUGCUGAAGGAGUACAUCCAAGCCCAGAAGGCGGCCGAGCAGGCGGCGGAGGAGGCAGGCGGCGGGGAGCCACCAAAACCCCGCAGCCUGCGGCCCGGCCGCACCAUGACCUACAUGGCCAAGCCGGCCUACGUGGGCGCCGCCUCAGAGAGCCGCAGCGCCCCGCUGUGCCAGAUCACUGUGCGCAUCGGCGAAGAGGCCAUCGUCAAGCGGCGCAUCUCCGAGACCGACCUGAUGCUGGACAAGAGCCCGAGGGGCCCCAAGCGUUUCGAUUUCGGGCCGGCCGAGAAAGCGGCUCCUGGCAAACGGGCCGGCAGCUCCUAUGCCCACAACGAGAGCGGCGAGGAAGAGAGCGACCGGGACGCUGAAGACCAGCUCUGGCGUCCGUACUACACCUACAAGCCCAAGCGGAAGGCCUGUGGCUCCGGCGGGGCUGGCUCCGGCGUCCCCAAGGUGAAGCGGUCUUCCCGGUGGCGCCGCAAGCUGCGUUCCCUGCGCUGGAUGAAGCGGGCGGAGGAGGAGGAGGAAAGGGAGGAGCCCAGCCCGGCGCUCACCCGCGCCUCACCAAGUCCCGGCAGCUCCGACGCCCCGGCGCCCGAACCGGCGCACAAGGCUGGGCGCGGCAGCGCCGAUUGGAAACACGAGUGCGGUGCCUGCGGCAAGUUCUUCUCGGCGCUGAAGAAGCUGCGGAAACACGAGCGGGUGCACGGGCGGCCGGGCAAGGACGAUCCGGCGCCAGCGCCGGCCCACCGGGUGGGCCGCAAGCCCUCGGUCAAAUUCACCUGCGCCCACUGCGCCAAGGUCUGCAAGACCGCGGCGGCCCUGAGCCGGCACAUGAAGCGGCACGAGGGGGAAAGCCGGGAGCCUGGCCCGGCCGCCCUGACCACCGUCAUCGCCUAUUCCAAAAAGCCGGAGGAGCCGGAGCCGGCGGCCGUCAAGGAGGAAAUCACGCAGGAGAUGCAGGUCUCGUCGUCCAGCGGGGAGCCGCCGGCAGCGGAGGCCAGCCAGGCCUGCACCGCCGGCCAGCCGGCCACGCCAGAGAGUCAGGGGGCAGCGCCGCCCCGGGAGGAAGAGGUGAUGCCGCCGGAGACGGGCGGGCCACAGGAGGCGGCUGCCCCGCUAGCCGAAGCCACCACCAGCUGUAUCGAGCUGGCCCCAGCGCCGCCCGCCCCCCAGGCCGCCCUCUCCUUGCAAGAUCCCGUCAUCUCGCACACCAGCCCGGCCCCGGCGCCGCACGAGGAGGAGGAGGCGGUGGGUGGCUACGCAGAGAGGUACCCGGUGCAGGAGUACCCCCUGCCCCUGCUGGCGCCUGGGGGCUGCCGGAUCCGGAAGGAGGCAGAAGACAAGCCCGCGUUCCUCGCCUACCCCAGCCCUCUCCCUUUCAAUGCCGUGGGCAAGGCCGGGGCUGGCGAAGGGGAGGGCAAGGUGAGCUUCUACCCCGACCCCUACCCGCUCAUGUACGGGCACCAGCUGCUGGCCGCCUACCCGUACAACUUCACCAACCUGGCCGCCCUGCCUGUGGCGCUGAACAUGGUCCUGCCGGACGACAAGGGUCAGCCCCUCCCUUUCCUGCCCAGCGUCUUCGGCUACUCGGUCAACCCGUGCCGGAACGAGGCCCAGGACGGGGCUGGUGCCGGGGCCCACGGGGCCGGCAGCGGGGCGGGGGGCGGGGCGGCCCUGCCCCGGGGGGUGGUCCGCGGGGAUCCCCCGGCCCCCCGAGCGCCUGAAGAAGGGAAAAUUUCCUGUGAGCGGCAAAGGGGGCAGGUGCCUGAGCUGGGCUAGGACUCUGGGGUGGGGGAGGGGGGUGAUGCUAGAGGGGGUGCUGGUGUUGCGAUGUGGGACGGGGGGGCAUGGCCCAGCAGGGGAGGCACCCGGCGCCGAGGGGACGCUGGAGCCGUGUGCCCCCCCCCGAAGUGUGACAUAAGAACGGGGGGGGAUCCUGGAGCUAGGCUGUGAGCUGUCACUCCAGAUGGAUCAGUCCCCCCUCCAACUCUCCCCCCCCCCUUCAGUGACUCCUGGGGACCCCCCCUCCCCACGGUCCUCAGGACCCCUUUCCCCUCGCAGUCCCCUGCCCCUGACCCCCAGGCCUUGCAGCUGGCAGAUGUGGGGUGGAGGGGGGUUGUUACCCCAAAGGAGGGGCUAUAGAGAGGGACCAAUAUGUGGGAGAUGGGGGAGCCCUAUGUGCCCCCCCAAAGAGUAAGGAGGUGGUUUAGGGGUGGGGGAUCCCAGCUGUGAGGGGGGGCACUACAGUGCCCCCCGACCCAGAAUGCACUGCAAAUCCCCCCCCCCCCACCCGGCUCCAGCAGUGUUCCAGCAGGGGGCGCUAAUACUCCAGCAGGGACCUGCCCCGGGCUCCCCUCCCCACACUGCUGUCCUCAGCUUCCUGCCCUGGGUACCCCCCAAUCCCCUGCCCUGUACCCCAUGCACCCCCAUUUCCCUGCCCCGAGCAACCCAAUUCCCCUGUCCUGGUACCCCAUGCACCCUCCAUUCCCUUGCCCCAGGCACCCUCCUCACCCCCUGCUGUCCUCAGCUUCCUGCCCUGGGUACCCCCCAAUCCCCUGCCCUGUACCCCAUGCACCCCCAUUUCCCUGCCCCGAGCAACCCAAUUCCCCUGUCCUGGUACCCCAUGCACCCUCCAUUCCCUUGCCCCAGGCACCCUCCUCACCCCCUGCUGUCCUCAGCUUCCUGUCCUGGGUACCCUCCAUUCCCCUGCCCUGGGCACCCCCCCAUGCCCUCCCACGCCCCUCCUCCUCCCCAGCCCCCCCCCCCGCGCUCCCAGCCCUGGCGGGGCGCCAGGCUCAGCGGGUGACGCUGUGUUUUGGAGCUGUGACCGGCUGACUCACUUUUUCCUUUCGGGGCCGGGAACCCAGCUCCAGCCCUUCCAGAAACUUCCCUGGUCCCCCUGCCCCCCUGGCCUCUCCCAGCAGGGGGCCCUGUCACCCGACCCCCCACAGAUCUUCCCUGGGGGAAGAUCGGGGGGGUUCCCAUUUGCACUAGUCAUUUUCUGUUUUGGGCCACUGACCCCCCCCCCGACUGCACUAGCACCUCCCCUGAUUACAGCCCCCGUCUUUCUCCAUCACCCCCUUCCUUCACCUCUGGGACCCCCCCCUUGUAGGAAUUGGGACCCCGGAGCUGGCUCUGAGGUGCCAGUUCCGCCCCCCCGAUGGCAAGGCGGGGGGUGGUGGUAUAGGAAAAAGGGGGGUAUCCCCCUAAAAAGAGACCCCUAAUAAAUGACUGUGGUUCAAAGGACUCCAAAAGUGGGGGGGGCUCUGCGGUGAGCCCCCCGGCCCACCCAGCCCCCCACGAUCCCUCCCCACACCGGCCCUCCUAAAAUCCACUCCUCUGCCCCCCCCAAGCUGCUUCCCUGCCCGUGUCCCUAAAAUCCCCCUGUCCGCUUCCCCUGCCUGUGUGCCCCAAAUCCUGCCCCUCUACUAUCCAGCUGCACUGUCACUCCAAUCCAUCUGGCCCCCCCAUGUACCCUCUGCCCCCUGAAACCAGCACAUUUUAAACCACCAAUCUCUGGGUAGCGGGUUGCAUUACAGAUCUUUGGGGGGACCUGUCACCCCUUACUCUGCAGAUCUUGCCCCUCCAAUUGCCAGCUCCCCAUCCUCCCCUUUUGGGGGGACCCCAUGCACCCCCCAUUCCCCUGUGCUGGUUUCCCCAUGCACCUCCAUGGGGGGACAUGGGGAGGGGGGUCUGCACCCCUUUGACCCUUGACAUCUGGGUCAUGAAGGACUUGUGCUGUGCAGGGGGGUGGGUUGUGCCGCUCCCAGAAUCCUUUGUUGCCCCAGGAGGAGAGCGGGUCAGAUUUGGGGGAGUAAAGGGGUGUGUGGAUUUCCCUGGGGGAUUGAGGGGGUGGGAAUCUGGGGUUCGGCCCAUUUAUACACCCCGGUAGCUGGGAGGGGGAUGAUCUCCCUGGCUCAACCUGUGGGGAGGGGCUAAGGAGGAAAUGGGGACAGCCCCCCCGCAACCUUGCCCCCAAACCAACCCCUAAACUCCCUCGCCCCCAAACUCGCCCAUGACCCCUAUGGGGCUGGGGAGGGGAGCAGAGAAUCCCCCCCCCCAAUUCCAGGGAUGCGGGGUCUCUAUCACUUACCCCCCGCCGCCCUAGCUUUCCAGCCAGCAGGGGGCACUGCUGGGCAUGGAGCUUUGAUCUCCCUGAGGGCCUUCCCAGGCCGGCUGAUACCCCCCACAGUAGUGGGCAUGCUGUGGGGCUGCAGGGAAAUGCACCCUGUUCUGCUGCAGUGCGGCAAUGCACCCUGCUCUGCUGCAGUGCGGCAAUGCACCCUGCUCUGCUGCAGUGCGGCAAUGC